AUGACUACCGAUAAAGUUACCUUAGGAGACGCCCUGUCGAACGUUGAUGUAUUGGAUGAAUUUACACUACCGGACGAGCAACCUUGUAUAGAAGCUCAACCAUGUUCUGUAGUAUAUCAAGCUAACUUUGACACUAACUUUGAGGACAGAAAUGGUUUUGUAACAGGUAUUGCCAAGUACAUAGAAGAAGCAACUGUGCAUGCCAGCCUGAAUGAAUUAUUAGAAGAAGGUUUAGAACAUGCUGUUAUGUUAUAUACAUGGAGAUGUUGUUCACGUGCAAUUCCUCAACCAAAAUCUAAUGAACAGCCAAAUAGAGUAGAGAUUUAUGAAAAAACAGUAGAAGUAUUAGCACCUGAAGUAAAUAAGUUAUUAAAUUUUAUGUAUUUUCAAAGGAAAGCAAUUGAACGAUUCUCAGGAGAAGUUAAGCGAUUAUGUCAUCAUGAAAAGAGAAAAGAUUUUGUAUCUGAAGCUUAUUUGUUAACCUUGGGAAAAUUCAUUAAUAUGUUUGCUGUGUUGGAUGAAUUGAAAAACAUGAAAUCUAGUGUAAAAAAUGAUUAUUCGACAUAUAGGAGAGCUGCACAAUUUUUAAAGGUGAUGUCUGACUCUCAAACAUUACAGGAGUCACAAAAUUUAUCAAUGUUUCUAGCAACGCAAAACAAAAUUCGUGACACAGUAAAAGAGAAUCUAGAGAAAAUUGCAGGAUAUGAGGAAUUACUUGCGGAUGUUGUCAACAUUUGUGUUCAUAUGUUUGAAGCCAAAAUGUACCUCACACCCAAUGAGAAGCAUAUGUUGGUAAAGGUGAUGGGCUUUGGUUUAUUCUUAAUGGAUAGCGAAUUGUGUAACAUCAAUAAACUCGAUCAGAAGAAAAAGUUAAAGCUAGACAGAAUCGAUAGAAUCUUUAAGAAUUUGGAAGUGGUACCAUUGUUCGGGGACAUGCAGAUUGCACCAUUUAAUUAUAUCAAGCGUUCUAAACACUUCGACGCGUCGAGAUGGCCUUUAUCCUCUUCAUCAAAUAAUAUAAGUCCACAAGCCGAUCUUAUGGUUCAUCUUCCUCAAAUUAGAGAGGAUCACGUGAAAUACAUCAGUGAAUUGGCAAGGUAUAGCAAUGAAGUCACCACUACAUAUAAGGAGUGCCGAAGCGACACGGAAAAUCGUGACACUGCAGAGCUGGCAUUACGUGGAUUGCAAUUGCUGUCGCAAUGGACUAGUGUCGUGACGGAAUUGUAUAGUUGGAAGCUACUGCAUCCCACUGACCAUCAUAUGAACAAGGAAUGUCCACAAGAGGCUGAAGAAUAUGAGAGAGCUACACGUUACAAUUAUUCUGACGAAGAGAAGUUUGCCCUCAUAGAAGUUAUAGCAAUGAUUAAAGGUCUGCAAGUACUGAUGGCGCGUAUGGAGACUGUUUUUAUCGAUGCAAUACGUAGAAAUAUAUAUGCCGAAUUACAAGACUUUGUACAACUCGCAUUGCGAGAACCCUUAAGAAAGGCGAUUAAAAACAAGAAGGAUCUGAUUAGAAGUAUAAUAGUUUCCGUGAGAGAAACUUGUGCCGAUUGGCACUUCGGAGUAGAACCACUAGGAGAUCCCGCUUUGAAAGGCAAAAAAGACCCGGAUAAUGGUUUUGGUAUUAAAGUUCCACGUAGAAACGUUGGUCCGUCUUCCACGCAACUUUACAUGGUGCGAACCAUGCUGGAAUCGCUGAUCGCUGAUAAAAGUGGUGGGAAACGCACCUUGAGGAAGGACAUCGACGGCCAGUAUCUCGUGCAAAUCGAUCAAUUCCAUAAAACUAGUUUCUACUGGAGUUAUCUUCUGAAUUUCAGUGAAUCUCUACAGAAUUGUUGUGACUUGUCGCAACUGUGGUAUAGAGAAUUUUAUCUGGAAAUGACCAUGGGUAGAAAAAUACAGAAAUGCCAAGUACGUCACCAGCAUAACGAAGAAUGCAGCGACCUGAUCACCAUGGAGAAACGCAUUCAGUUUCCGAUUGAAAUGUCGAUGCCAUGGAUAUUGACCGACCACAUAUUGAGAAGUAAGGAACCAUCGAUGAUGGAAUAUGUAUUGUAUCCUCUGGAUUUGUAUAACGAUAGCGCGCUGUACGCGCUCACGAUAUUCCGCAAGCAAUUUCUGUACGACGAGGUGGAAGCCGAAGUGAAUCUGUGCUUCGAUCAGUUUGUGUACAAACUCAGUGAGCAGAUCUUCGCGCAUUACAAACAGUUGGCGGCCAGUAUCUUGUUGGACAAACGCUUCAGAGUGGAGUGUGUGGCCCUCGGAGCAUAUCUACUGCCGUAUCCACGUGCCAACAGAUAUGAGACCUUGUUGAAGCAGAGGCACGUUCAACUGCUAGGGAGAAGCAUCGAUCUGAACAAACUUAUAACGCAACGUAUCAACGCGGAUAUGCAAAAGUCUCUAGAUUUGGCGAUCAGUAAAUUCGAAUCCGGCGAUAUCACUGGAGUUGUGGAACUGGAUGGCUUGUUACAAGUGAAUCGUCUGACUCACAAGCUUCUGAGCAAAUGGCUAGCGUUGGACGAAUACGACGCCAUGUUCAGGGAAGCAAAUCACAACGUUCUAGCUCCUUACGGUAGGAUCACUCUUCAUGUAUUUUGGGAACUAAAUUAUGAUUUUCUGCCGAAUUAUUGUUACAACGCUGCCACGAACAGAUUUGUCAGAUGUCGUGGCAUACAAUUCGUGCAACCCGUUCACAGAGACAAGCCUCCGCAAAUGUCGCAUCACUAUCUGUGGGGUAGCAAGCAGUUGAAUCUGGCUUACAGCACUCAAUACGGCCAGUACUCAGGAUUCGUCGGUCCGUAUCACUUCCGCACUAUAUGUAAGCUUCUUGGAUACCAAGGAAUAGCCGUGGUGAUGGAAGAACUUUUAAAGAUCGUCAAGACAUUGAUCCAAGGCAGUCUACAUCAAUUCACCAAGACUCUAAUGGAAGCCAUGCCGAAAGUGUGCAAGCUUCCACGAUAUGAUUAUGGAUCCCCAGGUGUCUUAGGUUAUUACCAUGCUCAGUUGAAUGAUAUCGUGCAAUAUCCGGACGCUAAGACCGAGCUGUUUCACAAUUUCCGCGAAUUCGGUAAUACGAUCCUGUUUUGUCUCUUGAUGGAGCAGGCCUUGUCGCAGGAGGAAGUGUGCGACUUGCUGCAUGCCGCACCUUUCCAGAACAUUCUUCCUAGACCAUACUGUAAAGAGGGGGAGAAACCUGAGACUAAGCAGAAACGACUGGAAGCGAAAUACGCAGCUUUACAAAUCGUACCUAACGUGGAGAAGUUGGGCACUGCUAAACAAGCGAUGAUCGCCAGGGAAGGAGAUUUAUUAACACGCGAACGGUUGUGCUGCGGUUUGUCGAUAUUUGAGGUUGUGCUCAGCAGAUUACGAAGCUUUCUGGACGAUCCUAUUUGGGUUGGUCCACCGCCAGCGAACGGCGUAAUGAACGUGGACGAGUGCACGGAGUUUCACAGGCUAUGGAGCGCACUUCAAUUUGUGUACUGCAUUCCCGUUGGCGAAACCGAAUUUACUGUCGAGGAAUUGUUCGGCGAGGGUCUGCAUUGGGCUGGAUGUGCUAUGAUCGUUCUCCUAGGUCAACAACGUCGAUUUGAAGCGCUCGACUUUUGUUACCACAUUCUCAGAGUACAACGUGUAGACGGUAAAGACGAAAAUGUGAAAGGAAUACACCUGAAAAGGAUGGUGGAUCGAAUAAGACGAUUCCAGGUUUUAAAUUCACAAAUAUUCGCCGUGUUGAAUAAGUAUUUAAAGAGCGGCGACAGCGACGCGGCUAGUGUGGAACACGUACGAUGCUUUCAGCCGCCGAUACACCCUUCCUUGGCACAUGCACAACAACAGCAGCAUUACCACGCGCCGGAAUAUUUACGCCAAAUUAAUCACCAAUGAGUUAAGUGAUCAUAAAAGAAAAAAGAAAAAGACUGCAGUCAAUACGACUAGAACGUAACGGGACGGCGUUAAUAUGAGCGAAAUCAGUCCUUGUUUUUAUGAGGAGAUGUUUCUAGCUAAAGAAAUAUAAUUUAUAUUUUAUAUCGUCUUUUACGUCGCGAGGUAUCGUUUGUACUACCUAUCCGUUAAUUCAGUCACUACGAAUUAACAGAUUGUGCGACAUCUUUUUUAACGCGAUAAACGCGAAUUUAUAGGAGCAUGAGAAAGAGACAAAGAGGAGCAACGGAUCUGUGAGUGUUCAGUUUAUUGCGUCGAAAUGCACUAUUGCGGCUUCAAUCGAUCUACAUUUCAUUGAUGACAUACAGCGAGUAUUUAUAAAUAGACAGGUUUAUUAUGUGUAAUAGUAUUGCUUCAUCUAAACGCGCGCGCGAUUUAUAGGUAACAGAAUUGAUAAUGUACGACCAUACUUUGUAUGGUCGCAGAUAUGGCGGUCCAUCGAUGUAACAGUUAUUACGAGUCUAUCUUGUAAGAUAUUCCAUGUUUGAUUUGAAACAUAAGGUAUCGCGCAUGAGUAUUAUUCAUAUCAUACGUAAGUUUAUGUAGUACCGCUCAUGUACUGGUAAUAACUGUAUAAAAAUGUACGUGUUUUAUAACACUA